AUGUUUGCUGAGAGGGAUUAUGAGAAUGUUGGAAGGGUAGAACAGGAAGAAAAGGAGAAUAGAUGGAGGCCACAGGUUAAUGUGUUGGAUUGUGCUGAGAAGGAUUACACGGUUAUUACUAUGAGGUGUAGGGAUCGACCAAAGCUUUUGUUUGAUAUAAUCUGCACUUUGACUGAUAUGCAAUAUGUUGUGUUUCAUGGAGUAGUUCGCACAGGGAAAAUGGAGGCUUAUCAGACCUUACAUUUUGCCUGUGGAUACGGGGAGGUGAAAUGUGCACAAAUUCUGGUGGAAGCUGGAGCUAAAGUGGAUGCAUUAGAUAAAAACAAUAGCACAGCCCUCCAUUAUGCAGCUGGUUAUGGCAGGAAAGAAUGUGUAUCCCUCUUGCUGGAUAACGGUGCAGCCGUUGCAAAUACUGCAAUUUCUGUUUUGAGCUUUUCACCUGAUGGAGAGGGGUUGAUAGCUUUCUCUGAGCAUGGUUUAAUGAUAAGAUGGUGGUCAUUGGGAUCCAUCAAUUUCUGGUGGGCUUGGAGUUCCUGCUGUUGGCAUGGCGUUCCCUGGCUAUGUUACUCAGCCCAAUGGAAUGGGAAUUCAGAAAUGACAUGGCUACCUGUUUUGGCUGGUGCUGCUGGGUCUUUAGGUGCUGCAGGAGCUUUAGGGGCAACAUAUUGUUCAACUUAUAUCACAAUGGAUGGUGCUUAUCAUGUUAGGCCAUCUGGCCAGACCUCUGCAUUGCCUCCUACAAGGUUUUAA